AUGCACACGCACACCUCAACACCCGAACGCCAUUUCUUUCCCUCUCCCCUCUCCACUCCCCCAUAUUUGAUCCUAACCCACAUCGUUUUCGUACACGCCAUCAUCCACACACAUAUCAUCAAGCCUUCACUGUUUUCCCUCUCACAUCUCCUCUCCCCCUUCCCCCUCCACCUCCCCCCUCCUCCUCCCCCUUCCCCUCCCCCGCCAUCCGCCCCUUCCUCCUCCCCCUCCCCCGUCCCCCCUUUGCGUACAGUUGGUGCGCCACACAGCAUUCGCUCCAACGCCUUCCCCAUGUCUCCUUUGCACCAACCCUCAUGCUCAUUUUCUCCAUCCCCCAAAUUCCCCCACGACCCCCCCGUUCCCCCCCCCUGUCCCCCGUGUCCCAUCCCCCCCACCACCCCAUAUGCCCCCGUCUCUCUCUCCCAUUUUCGUUCGCUUGCCCUCCAUUCCGUUCCCUCCUGUAUCUGCUUCACCGUCCACAUGUAUCUCUCCCCUUUUUCUACCGCUUGCUUCAUUGUGCGCAUCCCAUCGAUCUCACUCUCGCUGUAUCUCGCCAUUGCCCCUCCCAUUGCCCCUCCCUAUUGCCCGUCCCCAUUGCCCCUUGCCAUUGCCCCUUCCCCUUGCCCCUCCCACUUGCCCCUCUCCUUUGGCCCUCCCCGUCGCCUCGCCCUUGCCCCUCCCCCUUGCCUCGCCCAUGCUCCUCGCCCUUGCCUUUCCUCAUGCCUUGCCUUCCCUCGCUCCUGCCCGUUUUCUACCAGCACCUUCCGCUUCUUCUCAAGACCCUCGCAUCGCACGGCAGCAUCUCAUUUUUCUCCCUCGCUCUCCUCUCUUCCCCAUCCCUCCUCCCCUUCCAUCCCCCUUCUGUCCUCCCCAUCCCCCCUCCUGUCUCCCCCCUCCCUCCCCAGCGUGCUGCCUCACAGGCGGCAGGGCGGCCACCCUCAUGGCUGCUCUGCUGCAAGAAACACACCGGCAGUCGCCUGUCACUCUACCAACCAGUUCCCCCCGUCUAUUCCCUCCCACCACCCCCCACUCCCCCUGGGCAGUGCUGGCCACCGUCCUGGGCAUGUCAGCAGGCGGCAGGGCGUCCACUCGCUCAUGGCUUGUCACUUUCCUGCUCCCUCUCCUCUCUAUUCCCUCGCUCUCGGCCCCCACUCCCCUCCCUCCGCGCAGUGCUGGCCAUUGCACUGGGCAUGUCAGCAUGCGGCAGGGCGUCCACCCUCAUGGCCUGUCAGUCUGCCAACCUCCCCUUCCUAUUUCCUCUCACCCCUCAAUCCCCUCCUUCCGCCCACUUCUCUUGCAGUGCUGGCCAUCGCACUGGGCAUGUCAGCAGGCGGCAGGGCGUCCACCCUCAUGGCGUGUCAGUCUGCCAACCUCCCCUUCCUAUUCCCUCUCACCCCUCAAUCCCCUCCUUCCGCCCACUUCUCUUGCAGUGCUGGCCAUCGCACUGGGCAUGUCAGCAGGCGGCAGGGCGUCCACCCUCAUGGCGUGUCAGUCUGCCAACCUCCCCUUCCUAUUCCCUCUCACCCCUCAAUCCCCUCCUUCCGCCCACUUCUCUUGCAAUGCUGGCCAUCGCCCUGGGCAUGUCAGCAGGCGGCAGGGCGUCCACCCUCGUGGCCUGUCAGUCUGCCAACCUCCCCUUCCUAUUCCCUCUCACCCCUCAAUCCCCUCCUUCCGCCCACUCCUCUUGCAGUGCUGGCCAUCGCCCUGGGCAUGUCAGCAGGCGGCAGGGCGUCCACCCUCAUGGCUGCAGCAGCGGAGCCAGCUGCUGAUGACGUGAUAGCCCUAAUGGACUUUGGCUUCACAGGCACAGCAGACAAUGACGGUGACGGCGGCCCCAGCCCACUUUCCCUUUCCCCAUCUUCUCCUAAACUCCCCUUCCACCCUUCCCCCACUCUCUCCCUGCCAUCCCCCCCAUGCAUUGCCCUGCCGCGUGGCCAGGACGACGUGCUAGCCCUGAUGGACUUUGGCUUCACAGGCACAGCAGACAACGACAGCUCAAAAGGUGCGCCGGCGGCUCUGGUGGUGCUGAUAUCGUGGAUGCUGAUAGAUGAGCUGGCUGCGGGUGAGGCGGAGGUGGGGUCGCGCAGACAGCAGGAGGCGGUCAUGUGGCGCCUGCCGGGAUUCUCCCAAGCGCUGCUCACUGAAGCAAGUAGACAGACAGCUGGGGCUGCUCAUAACGAGGACAGAGAUGAUGGGGGCAAUGGGGUGAUGGGUUUGUUGGGAGAGGCAUUGGGAAAGCAGGGAGUCCUGCAAGGAAGGAUGCAGCAGGAGGAGCAGGAGCAGGAAGAGGAGGAGGAGGAGUAG